AUGGCCAUCGGUAACAGAGAAAAUCCAGGUGGUGGAAACCAGCGACUCACCGAAAAGCUUGCAAACGGUGCUGAAACCGGCCCCAGGCUUCGGACCCACCCAGAGGAGGAGAGCCGCCACUCCGUCCCAAUAGCCACACGAGCAGCCUUCACCGCUGGCAACCGCACCUCCGUCGAAAGGAGCCAGAUAAACUUGAAGUCCGCUCGGCCGCCCACCGAAGAAGGAGACCCCUCGAACCGGGAAUUCGACAACCAUUCGUCGAAACACAGCCAUUCAGACCUGGCUUUAAAUCGGCUUUCACACUAG